AUGAGGAUUGUAUCAAUUGUCAUUGUUGCAAUCUUGCUACAAAUCAAUGUCACAAAAUCAUUCACACCUGUCCAGCAGGAUGCCAAUCACUUUGGAAAAGGAUACUCCCCGGGCCCUCCUGACAUCCCAGACAUCAAGGACACUCCACCAGGACAGGACACCCAGGAUGACUCGAUUGACCGUGGAACUUCCGCCAAUCAGCCACCAUUCCCUGUUUCUUCGUCCACUCGCCAAGACACCGCUCGUCCUCAGCUCCAUGCAAGACGUCCUUCCAGUCUGAAAGUAAGCGGUCCAGUUCAAGGAUCCUCGUCUUCCCAUCCGCACAAUCACGGCUCUCCCAGCUCAGAACCCAACACGGAUUUACUCCGGAACGUACGGGAUCUGCAUCUGACUCAUGCCAAUGCAACGGUUGCUACCAACGGCUCAAAGAAUUCAACUUCCAAAUCACCAGCUCCUGCCAUCCCCGAUGACUCCCUGAAACACAUUACCACCGUCGCCCACAUCUCCAACGGGAUCACACUGCAGGCUGGAUUGAUGAAUGGAUCAAUUCCAAUUGAGGAAGUUUCUGACCUCAUCAACUUCAAAGAUGAUUCGAUUACCGCAUUGGUCUCAAAAUUGAAAGAGGUUCGACAGGGAGUAGCGGCAAAGGAUCAAACCACACCGAUGGAAAAAAGAGCAUUGGAGUGGGAAGAAUAUCGUGUCAAAUCUGAGUCCUUUGGUAAAGUGGAGAAUCUACCGGGAAGCAUGGAGUAUUUUUCGGCAGUUGCGAAGUUUCCAAAGGAAUUCAACUUCACUUUUUUCGACGAAACUACAAAAAUGUUGGAAAGGUUCAUUAGUCACAUUGACGAUAUUUCGACAAAAACAUUCGAGGAUCGUAAUGAGCAAAUUUAUGGUUCGGGUUUGCUGAAGGGAUUUUCUGGCGAAUUUCAAUCAGUGAAGAAGAUGAUCGAAAAAGCCAUGUCAGUUGAUAAAACUACGUCGUUCAAUAAUCUGAUCAAUGGGCCCAACACAUUCAACACCAUUUCCACUAUGAUAGAGCUCAACGUUCUCCGUAAGAACUACGGCCUGGUGCACUCAGUUGCUGGAGAGAAUCUGAUCAAAUCAAACAUUGCAUUUGCUUCGACGUUACAUGCAGUUCGGCAAGCUUCUGAGAAUGAGAUGAUCAUUGUUUCGGAUUUGUCCAACCAGCAUGUGUUGAGACCACUGAAAAAAUUCACUUCUGGCUUUCCACUGGGAGUUGUUGAGAUGGAACAAUUAGAAGAGGAUGUGAAAAGUCAAUGGUUUCUGAAGAUUACGAAUUCAUCUGAGUUGGACAAACUGAAUAUCGUGAACAGUUUGAGGCCAAUAAUUACUGCUUUGGAGACAUUGAGCCGUGUAAACGAAAAGUUGAAAUCCACUUUUCCAGCUGACAAUGCUCGACAAGUCCAGAGUUUCAAUCAGUUCAAGGAGGAGUCGUUUUCAGUACCAACUGACGCUGUUUCUGCUGUUGGAGUUUUGGCAGAAUAUAAAAAAUGCAAUCACCUAGGUGGACCACAAACAGACGACGAGCGUAGACCUGGACAUGAGUUUAUGGCUAAAGUGAAGUCAGUUGGAGAUAGUCUUAUUGCUCUCCACAUGUUCUCUCAAACACUUGCGCUGGACCAAUUGGAGAAGGAUGUUGCUGACUUUGUGAAAUCACUCACUUUCACUGACAUCAACAAUCAGACACUAUCAGAAGGGGAAAUAGUGAAGGUCGUGGAAGAUAUUAAAAAGUCUGGUAAAUUGGCAAAGAUCCAGGAAAAUGUGAAGAGCAUCGAGGAUAAGAUCAAUGGCAUUAAGUUAAAAAACCUGGAAAGUACUCUUCUACCAAAUCUGAACAAUUCUUUCAUUCAAGACGUGAUGUUCAAAGAGGUGAUCACUGCCGAAACAAGUGUGAGCGGUUGUCUUCAAAAACUCAAAGCCAAAUCACUGCUGGUCACUCAAGCAAUUGCAACAAUCCAAAAGUUGAGGAAGCUGGAUGAUAAACUUCUAGAAAGUGUUCAACAGACGGCAAAAUCAGUGUCUCAAUUUUCUGAAACUCUUGCUUCUGUCAAAAAGAUCCCUGAUGCGAUGAAGAAAAAUGUGAAGAAUGUAACGCUGGAGUUGAACAAGAGGUCCGAAUCUUUGAAUCAAUCCGAUGCAAUCAGCCAUUCUGCGAGUGCACUUCGAAGUGUCUUUGGUCUUGUGAAGCUCGAGUCUUCAAUUGGUCAGCUCAAUGAUACCGAUACAAUUGUUAGCAGUGAGAUUGACAAAAUUAAAAUCCCUGCUGAGAAGAUGAAGCUUCAAAAACUCUGGGGCAAUCACACAGAGGGCAUGGUCUCAUUGCAAGCUGCAGUUGUACAGGCAAAAGCUUUUGUGGCAAAAAUUGAUGUUUCAAAGCUCAAAACUCUAAACAACUACAGUGCUAUCUUGAAGACUUUGGAAACAAUGCCUGACGUGAAGAUGGAAGCAUUGGAGAAGUCUGAAGUUCUGGAGAUUUUGAUUCGCGCAAUUUCAGCAACGAGACGAAGAAGAAGACGAGCUGCAGGAAGCAAUGCCCAUCUUGUUGCCGCCAAGGUCAUCCUCGACAAGAUCGCCGCAUUGGAUCUUCAGUUUUCAAGCAACAUUGCUCACUUCAAAAAUGCUCCACUGGCGUUCCAGUCGUUCAGCAAGUUUUUGGCUAAAUUCUUCGCAACUCAGCAAAAGAUCAGUGCUUCGCAGAAUGGUGGAGGUGGUGGUGGUGGCUCAGGUGAAAGCGAGUUUCCAACUGUAAUCGUCGUCGUUUCGAUUGUUGGAGCUCUUCUCCUCGCGCUGGCUGCGUUCCUUGCGUUUCUUGUAUACGGCUUCCAUCAAAGGAAAAAGCAAGCCAAGAUAGACAGGGAUAACAAGGAAAUACGUGACGAGAUUGAAAUGGAAGCUCGGCAGGCGGAAGAGAAUGAACAACGUAUAGCGGCCGAGAAAAAUGCACUUGAAGCCAAAAUAAAAGAAAAGUCGAAUAUGAGGAAGGUAGUGGAUGAACAGAACCAAAGAGAGAAGGAUGAACUGCAAGCGAAACUCCGUGCUGAUCAAGAAAAGUCUGAAGCCCGGAAAAUUGCUGAGAAGAAAAAGGAUGAACAGAACCAAAAAGAGAAGGAAGCGAAACUCCGUGCUGAUCAAGAAAAGUCUGAAGCCCGGAAAGUUGCUGAGAAGAAAAAGGAUGAACAGAACCAAAAAGAGAAGGAUAAACUGCAAGCGAAACUCCGUGCUGAUCAGGAAAAGUCUGAAGCCCGGAAAAUUGCUGAGAAGAAGAAGAAGGAGGAAGACGAGGCUCAGAAGGUCAAAAACAUCUGGAAGCACAUCAAGAAGAUGAGAUUCACGACGCUUCGCGCUUGUGCAGACUUUAUCGAAGGAUCCUGGAAGAUUGCUAUUGCUACUCAGACGAAGCUGACUGUGAAGGAUUCCUUCAAGUAUCUUCCAGCGGACAAACAUCGAUAUGGCAAUAUUCCAUGUACACCCGAGACUGCCGUCGAAGUAAUGGUCAACGAUAAACGAGUUCCGAUUCAUGCCAACUGGGUCCCAACGAAAUGUCCUAAGCAAGAGCACAGAUUCAUUGCUACACAGGGUCCAAUGACAAACACCUUCGACGACUUUUGGGCGAUGAUCGCAUAUCACGAGUGUGAGAACAUUGUGAUGCUCUGCAACUUUGUGGAAACGGAUCCAAAAGAAGGCGAAAAAGAGAAGUGUGAGAAGUAUUUUUCCCCGGAAGUUUCGAAGACCACCGAUUUCAAGAUGUUCAGCAUCACCACAGUGUCGGUUGAGAAGAUUUUGCACAAUUCGACGGAGAAGCGCGUUCUGAAAGUGGUCGACAAGACCGGAAAGUUUCCCACGAGAAAUGUCGAACACUACCUCUAUUUGAAUUGGCCGGAUAAAAAUGUUCCGGAAGGACACGAUGACACUUUCGAGUUGAUGAAUCUUGUCAAAAAGAGCACGAAGCCUAUUGUCGUCCACUGCUCUGCGGGAAUUGGUCGCACCAUGUCAUUCAUCGGCUCCGAGUACCUCGCCAGAGAGAUUGAACACCAUCCGGACACUACGCUGGGCAAGAACAUGGAGAAUAUGCGUGAAUUCCGCAGCAAGGGAAUUCAGACUCCCCAGCAGUUGUAUUGGAUGGAGAUGGGCGCAAUCUACAGAUUGAGCAAGGAGUUCAAAUUUGAUAUGGCCGAAUACGUGGAACAGAUGAAGAUGUAUGCCAAGGCUGACGAAGUGAUGGGGAUGCUUCAGCAGUACUUUGAUAAGGAAGGAGCAUAUUUGAACGCGGUUGACAAUAAAAAAGAGAAACUCGCUGCCAAAAUUCAGGUCCAAAUGAAGGUAGUCUCGGACAAUAUUGAAAGAAUGAAGAAGCAUGGAUGA